CCCAUCGACUGCCUGGUCAAAGGUUGCAGAACAAGCUUUUCGUCUUGCCCGGUGUCAAAUGUCAAACGAAAUCAGGAAGAUGCCAAUUUAUUUCAAUGAUUUCUAAGAGAAAACAAAUCAAAUAGACGGGUGAGAGCGUAAUAUGAAAUUCUGGGAAUUUGAUUAUUUUAUAAAAAUGGUCAAGACCUCGCGAUAAAUCGUGAACGGCGUGCUAAGGUGAUUUUUUGUCUGGCAAAGUCACGAUUUUUCCAUAGACUCAGUACGGACGGUUCUAGACCAGAAAUGGGAAUCACGAUCGAUCGCGAGCUUGACUAAUCAAUCACCGAGUUUGAACGUUUUUUAAGGGCAUUUUCUUGAGAAUUUAAAGCGUUUGUCUUUGUUAUCGUUAGUAUUUGCAUUAUACAGAGAUUGCCGAGUAGGGUUUGUGGAGCGGAUAAACUAUUUCCAGCAGAGUUUAGAGAUUCUCAGAGCUUUUUUAUUCAAUCGUUAUCUCUCAGAGAUCGAUAAUUUGUAUCGAAAUUAGAUCUCCGUAUCAAAUGGAGGAAGCUGUGGCUAUUCUGAAGCUCCGCAUUAUAAAAGGAACCAAUUUGGCAGUUCGGGAUAUGUGGACCAGUGAUCCUUACGUUGUGGUCAGACUUGGGCAUCAGCAAAAAGUGAAGACUCGGGUUAUAAAAAAGAACUUAAAUCCAGUUUGGGAUGAGGAAUUGUCCCUGUAUGUCACACAUUCUAUACCCCUCGUUCUCAAACUGGAAGUUUUUGACAAGGACUGGUUGAGCAGAGAUGACCAUAUGGGCAAUGGUGAAGUGGAUCUGACAGAUCUUGCAGGAGCUGCGAGAAUGCUAAACUCAAACCCUUCGCCAUCUUUGGCAAUGAAGAGUAAGGAUGGUUCUUCUUGUAUUAAGUGUGUGGAGGGACAUGUGGUGCAGGAAGUGUGUUUGAGGCUUCAGAACGUGGAGUCUGGUCAAUUAGAUCUGCACAUCAAAUGGGUUGAUAUCACGCAUUAAUCCCCUAGGAGACUAUAAUUGUGGACAAAAUACAAGACUUUUUCAAAGGUAGAAAUCAUGAUUCCAUGGAUACCUUCUUUGUUUUUAUAUAUAUAAUCGUGAUAUGAUGGAGAGAUUUCUACUUUAAAAUGUGUAUUAAGAGAUGAAGUUACUUUAAUUUAGCUCCGGAGUCAAAACAUAUUAGCAAGGGCUUGUGUCAUA